GGGGACUAGGCCGCACUUCCGGUGUGGGGGCCGUUACUGGGGCCUCCAACAUGGCCACGCCGUUGGCGGUAAAUUCGGCUGCUAGCCUGUGGGGGCCAUACAAAGACAUCUGGCAGUCGGUGGGAAACGCCAUUUGGAAGCGGCAGCCUGAAGCCAUCCACCUUGUUGAUUUGAUUUUGAAGAAACACAAGCCCGACUUUAUCUCGUUGUUCAGAAAUCCGCCCAAAAACGUUCAGCAGCAUGAGAAGAUUCAGAAAGCCAGCACGGAGGGAGUCGCCAUCCAGGGACAGCAAGGAACGCGCCUUCUUCCAGAGCAGCUCAUCAGGGAGGCUUUUAUCCUCAGCGACCUCUUCGAUAUCGGGGAGCUGGCGGCGGUCGAACUGCUCUUGGCCGGGGAACACCAGCAGCCUCACUUCCCUGGGCUAACCAGGGGCUUGGUAGCCGUCCUUCUGUACUGGGAUGGGAAGCGGUGCCUUGCCAAUUCCCUGAAAGCCCUGAUUCAGUCUCGGCGGGGCAAGACGUGGACACUGGAACUCAGCCCUGAGCUGGUGUCCAUGACAACCCGCUUCACGGAUGAGCUGAUGGAGCAGGGAUUGACUCAUAAGAUCCUGACUCUCGUGUCACAAAUUGAUGUGAACAACGAGUUCGAGAAACUACAGCGGGACCGAGGUUUGGGCAGUGAGAAGCAUCGCAAAGAGGUUUCGGAUCUCAUCAAGGAAUGCCGGCAGUCUCUGGCGGAAAGCCUAUUUGCGUGGGCCUGCCAGUCCCCCUUGAGCAAAGAUGACACCCUGCUACUUAUUGGCCAUUUGGAAAGAGUUACAGUUGAAGCGGACGGCUCACUGGACAGCGUGAAUCUGGCUCUCGUCAUGGCUCUCCUCUACUGCUUUGAUAUCAGUUUUAUCGAGCAGGGUACCGAGGAUCGAGAAGAUCUAAUUCAUCAGCUCCCCCUGUUAACAGAGAGACAGUACAUUGGGUCAAUCCACGCUCGCCUUCAAGACUCGCAGCUUUGGAAGCUCCCUGGUUUGCAGGCCACUGUUAGACUUGCCUGGGCCCUGGCACUGCGAGGGAUCUCCCAGCUCUCCGAAGUGACCGCUCUUGCAGAAUUCACAGAAGCAGACGAAGCGAUGGCAGAGCUGGCAAUUGCCGACAACGUCUUCCUUUUCCUCACGGAGUCCGUAGUGGGAUCAGAAAACUUCUACCAGGAGGAGUUCUACAUCCGGAAAAUCCAUAACCUCAUCACCAACUUCCUCGCCCUUAUGCCAAUGAAGGUGAAACAGCUGCGAAACCGAGCAGAUGAAGAUGCCCGGAUGAUUCACAUGAGCCUGCAGAUGGGUAACGAGCCUCCUGUCACCCUGCGGAGGGAUCUUGAGCAUCUCAUGCUACUGGUGGCUGAGCUGUACAAAAGGAAUCCCUUUAAUUUGGAGCUUGCUUUAGAAUACUGGUGUCCGACAGAGCCUCUCCAGGCUUCCACAAUCAUGGGGUCUUAUCUCGGGGUAGCUCAUCAACGACCUCCUCAGCGCCAGGUUGUCCUGUCAAAGUUCGUCAGGCAAAUGGGGGACCUCCUUCCCCCCACCAUUUACAUCCCGUACCUGAAGAUGCUGCAGGGGCUGGCGAGCGGGCCGCAGUGUGCCCACUACUGUUUCAGCCUGCUCAAGGUUAACGGCAGCAGUCACGCGGAAAACAUCCAAGGAGCCAGUGGCAGCCCUGUCUCCUGGGAGCACUUCUUCCACUCUCUGAUGUUAUAUCACGAACACUUACGGAAGGACCUACCCAGCGCAGAUAGCGUCCAGUACCGUCACUUACCCCUCCGAGGCAUCACUCAGAAGGAGCAGGAUGGAUUGAUUGCCUUUUUGCAGCUCACCACCUCCAUCAUCACCUGGAGUGAAAAUGCUCGUUUGGCUCUCUGCGAGCACCCUCAGUGGACGCCGGUGGUUGUAAUUCUGGGCCUCCUGCAGUGUAGCAUCCCUCCCGUUUUGAAAGCCGAGCUGUUGAAGACGCUUACCGCCUUUGGAAAAUCUCCUGAAAUAGCCGCUUCCCUCUGGCAGUCCUUGGAAUACACCCAGAUAUUGCAGACCGUACGGGUUCCGAGCCAGAGGCAAGCAAUUGGCAUCGAGGUGGAGUUGAACGAAAUAGAGUCCCGAUGUGAGGAGUACCCUUUGACUCGCGCCUUCUGUCAGCUUAUCAGCACCCUGGUGGAGAGUUCCUUUCCUUCUAACUUGGGGGCGGGACUGCGCCCGCCCGGCUUCGAUCCCUACUUGCAGUUCCUCAGAGAUUCCGUGUUCCUCCGAUUCCGCACCAGAGCCUACCGGAGAGCAGCCGAAAAGUGGGAAGUUGCAGAGGUGGUUCUGGAGGUGUUUUAUAAGCUGCUGAGAGACUAUGAACCUCAACUUGAAGAUUUUGUUGAUCAGUUUGUGGAAUUGCAAGGAGAAGAAAUCAUAGCCUACAAGCCACCUGGAUUCAAUCUGAUGUAUCAUCUUCUAAAUGAAUCACCAAUGUUGGAGCUCUCUCUCAGUCUGUUGGAGGAAGGGGUUAAGCAGUUGGACACUUAUGCAUCUUUUCCAGGGAAGAAGCACUUGGAGAAAGCAGCGCAGCACUGCCUCGCUCUCCUGAACCUCACUCUGCAGAAAGAAAAUCUGUUCAUGGACCUUCUGCGAGAAAGCCAGCUGGCCCUCAUAGUCACGCCACUCGAGCAGUUGCUUCAGGGCAUCAACCCCCGGACCAAAAAGGCAGACAACGUGGUCAACGUCGCUCGGUAUCUCUACCACGGCAAUAGCAAUCCUGAAUUGGCCUUCGAAAGUGCCAAGAUCCUCUGUUGUAUCUCUUGCAACUCAAACAUUCAGAUAAAGUUAGUGGGCGAUUUCACGCACGAUCAGAUAAUAAGCCAGAAACUUAUGGCUGGAUUUGUGGAGUGUUUGGACAAUGAAGAUGCAGAGGAAUUCAUUGAGCCUGAAGAUGAGUCGGAACCGGAAAAGAAGCUAGCUCGAAUCCGCCAUGACACGAGAAUCCACAUCUUGAACCUUCUCAUUACUUCUCUGGAGCGUAACCCACCCAACCUGGCUCUUUAUCUCCUGGGCUUUGAACUGAAGAAACCCGUCAGCACCACAAAUCUGCAAGAUCCAGGGGUUUUGGGUUGCCCCCGGACUUGCCUUCACGCUAUCCUGAAUAUCCUGGAGAGAGGAACCGAAGGGAGAUCGGGUCCCGUGGCAGUGAAAGAAUCUCCUCAACUUGCAGAGCUGUGCUAUCAGGUGAUAUACCAGCUGUGUGCAUGCUCUGAUACAUCUGGCCCAACUAUGAGAUACUUGAGAACCAGCCAAGAUUUCUUAUUUUCUCAAUUGCAGCAUUUACCGUUUUCCAACAGAGAAUAUGAAAUAUCCAUGCUGAGCCAGAUGUCGUGGCUUAUGAAGACCGCCUCUAUCGAGCUGCGGGUGACUUCGCUCAACCGCCAACGCUCCCACACUCAGCGGCUCCUUCACUUGCUGUUGGAUGACAUGCCCGUCAAACCGUACUUGGACGGCGAAGGGGGAAUAGAAGAGGAGAGUAGGUCUGUUAGUGGAUUUCUUCAUUUUGAUACCGCCACAAAAGUCCGCCGAAAAAUCCUGAGCAUCUUGGACUCGAUUGACUUCAGCCAGGAGAUCCCCGAGCCUUUGCAGUUAGAUUUCUUUGACCGUGCUCAGAUCGAGCAGGUCAUUGCCAACUGCGAGCACAAGAAUCUGCGGGGUCAGACGGUCUGCAAUGUCAAGCUCCUUCACAGGGUUCUUGUGGCAGAAGUGAAUGCCCUCCAGGGUAUGGCAGCCAUAGGCCAGAGACCUUUACUCAUGGAGGAAAUUAGCACAAUUCUUCAGUACGUGGUGGAGCGGAACAAGCUCUUGCAGUGCCUUCACGCGAAGCGGCACACAUUGGAGUCAUGGAGGCAGUUGGUGGAGAUCAUCCUGACGGCCUGCCCCCAGGAGCUCAUCCAGGCCGAAGACAGGCAGCUCAUCAUCCGGGACCUCCUGCAGGAUUUGCACGAUAAAAUACUGGACGAGGACGCGGCCCAAGAGUUAAUGCCAGUGGUGGCGGGGGCCGUGUUCACCCUGACCGCCCACCUGAGUCAGUCGGUCCGCACCGAGCAGAAGCAGCCGCUGGCCAUCGCGGGCCCCGGAGAGGCCCAGUACGUGCUCAUGCUGGAGAGUUCCUUCGGCCCCGCCGCCUCAGAGCCCACCCCCGUGGGAUUUGCUUCCAUCGGCGAUUCGUCCCUCCACAUCAUCCUGAAGAAACUUUUAGACUUCAUUUUGAAAACAGGAGGCGGGUUCCAGCGAGUGAGGACUCACCUUUACGGCUCGCUGCUCUACUAUUUGCAGAUCGCCCAGAGACCGGAUGAGCCGGACACCCUCGAAGCAGCCAAGAAGACCAUGUGGGAACGCCUGACAGCUCCUGAAGAUGCCUUCAGUAAAUUGCAGCGAGAAAACAUUGCUAUCAUUGAGGGGUACGGAGCCGCCCUCAUGGAGGUGGUGUGUCGAGAUGCCUGUGAUGGUCAUGAGAUUGGCAGGAUGUUGGCACUGGCUUUGCUGGAUCGGAUCGUCUCGGUGGAUAAACAGCAGCAGUGGCUCCUGUACCUGUCCAACAGCGGCUAUUUGAAGGUUCUCGUGGACAGCUUAGCGGAAGACGAUCUCACGCUGCAAACUUUGCUCACCCCUCAGCCACCCCUUUUGAAAGCUCUUUACACGUACGAAUCCAAAAUGGCAUUCCUCACAAGAGUGGCGAAGAUACAGCAAGGAGCUCUGGAGCUGUUGAGGUCUGGCGUGAUAGUGAGGCUGGCACAGUGCCAAGUAUACGACAUGCGCCCAGAGACAGACCAUCAAGGACUGUUUGGCCUGAGGGAACCCCCUGUGUUCAUCCCCGCUCCCGUGGAUCGAUAUCGUCAGAUUCUCCUCCCAGCCCUCCAGUUGUGUCAGGUCAUCCUCACAUCCAGCAUGGCCCAACACCUGCAGGCCGCGGGACAGGUGCUGCAGUUUCUCAUAGCGCACUCCGACACCAUCCAGGCAAUCCUUCGCUGCCAGGACGUCAGCGCGGGCUCGCUGCAGGAGCUGGCGCUGCUCACGGGAAUCAUCAGCAAAGCAGCCCUGCCCGGUGUCCUCAGUGAACUGGAUCCUAAUGUAAACGAUGGAUCUCUGAUGGAGCUGCAGGGGCACAUAGGACGAUUCCAGCGCCAGUGCUUAGGGCUCUUAAGUCGUUUUGGUGGUUCUGACCGACUGCGACAGUUCAAACUCCAGGACGAUAACGUGGAAGGGGACCGAGUGAGCAAGAGGGAUGAGAUUGAACUGGCUAUGCAGCAGAUCUGUGCCAACGUCAUGGAAUAUUGCCAGUCGCUCAUGCUGCAGAGUUCCCCGACCUUCCAGCACGCGGUGUGUCUUUUCACCCCCAGUCUGUCAGAAACCACCAACAGAGACGGACCCCGGCAAGAUUCUCAAGCUCCCGUGGUGCCCUACUGGCGCCUGCCCGGCUUGGGCAUCAUCGUCUACCUGCUGAAGCAGAGCGCCAACGACUUCUUCAGUUACUACGAUAGUCACCGGCAGAGCGUCAGCAAGCUCCAGAAUGUGGAACAGCUGCCCCCGGAUGAGAUCAAAGAGUUAUGCCAGUCCGUGAUGCCAGCCGGGGUGGAUAAAAUCUCGACCGCCCAGAAAUACGUCUUGGCAAGGCGACGUUUGGUGAAGUUGAUCAACAAUCGAGCAAAAUUACUGUCCCUCUGUUCCUAUAUCAUAGAAACCUGCCUCUUCAUCCUCUGGCGCCAUUUAGAAUACUACCUGCUGCACUGCACCCCCACGGACUCCCAAGACUCCCUGCUCGCUCCCAGGACUUCUUUUAAAAGCCGAAGGCUACAAGAUGCCUUCACAUCAGAAUCUAACCUGGAUUUCAGAAGUGGUAUGACCAGAGUGAGCCAGCAUGACAUAGAUCAGCUUCAGAUCGAAGCCAUCAACACCUUUGGAGAGUCGCUGCAGAAGAAGCUCCUGGAUAUCGAAGGGCUGUAUUCCAAAGUCCGGUCCCGUUACAGUUUCAUCCAAGCGCUAGUCAGACGCGUCCGUGGCCUUUUAAGGAUAUCCCGAGGCUGAGGGUGUCCGCUUCUCAAGCAGCCUUUUCCUGGGGAAAAGGACCUUGACACCGAUUUUAUAGACCAGAUCGUUUCUAAAUUAUGGCCCAAAGACUAUUUUGCUAUUUUUUUCUUACAUCACUGAACUGUCAGGUGUACGCUUCCCUGUCUCGUCAGACAGCCGCACUACGAACAAUAAAGAUUUCCCUUUUUUCUUAACAUAAAA